CGGGGAUUGAGACGAUGGAGAUGAAGGGGACGAAGAACGAAAAAACAACGUGGAUUUUCCGUACCCGUUCAUCGAACCGAAAUGGUUAGAUAUUCAAUUCCCGGGGCCGAUGCCACAGCACCAGCGGCCCCUGGGACGAGAACGAGAACCAUCGGGGGAAAUCGAUUCUGAACGUGACGUUGAGCAAGAGGUGUCGAUAAUUGAGGAGUCGAAGUCGAGGGACGGCCUGUGGGCUAGUGUGUCCAAUGCCUCCUCGCCGGUGAUCGCAACACCCGGUUGGACAAAUGCAGCGCCAGUAUCGGUAGAGUCUCAGGGGUCGUGGAACGGUAGCGGUGAUUUCUUCUAUGACGGUGGCUACACCGAUACAUAUAGCCCUUUGGGGUCGUCGGGAGGUCUAUCUUCUCCAUCCAAAUCUAGUCAUGUUUCAGAUGCAGAUGCAGGUGGAUUCGCUCAGCAAUACGGAUGUUCCGAAUGUUCAUAUGUAUUUGAGAGGCGAUAUGAGCUAAAGCAUUUCGACAUCGCAAGGACCUCAUUCGGCACCUUCAACGUAAACACCCCGAGUCAGUCCCGGAUUUCACGCCGCUAUAUUGCCCGGUUUGGGGGUGUCAGCAUUCGGAGGGAAGGGGUAAAGGGACGAGGAAGGAUAACUUGCGCAGACAUCUUAGGGGACAACAUAGGGAUGUGUAUUUACCUUUGCGGAGAGGGUUGGGAUGAGCGGAUGCCUGUGGGGGACGUUUACAUGUAUCUUUGAGUGUGUUCGUCGCUUCUAGUAUGUGGCUCUUAUAGUUAAGUAUUUGAAGAUCAAAUCAAAAGUAAAUACGCUCGGGGACGUAGUCAGCCUGCAGCAUGGAG